CAAAUCCAUGGGUCGUGCAUGGACUCUUAUUUUGAAAAGCGUGUUUAUAACUGCAGGGGUUGAGCGCUAAUUCCUUGUGACGCGUUCAAAACAACUGUGAACUCAAAAAUAUCUGAUGUACGACUUCAGUGCGUUCAAGACAGCUGUGAAUUUGCGAGAAAAAAAACUCAGAGUGCGAAACAUCGUUUUGAAAGGUCAUCCAACUCGGAAUUCCAACUCGUGAAUUCGGGCCUCUCCUAGAACUCCAACUUUCCGAUCACCGACGUCAUGAUUUGACCUCGUAUUUUUUCCGAGUUCCUAGUUGCCUUGAAAGCCCCGGAGUCAGUACUUUGACAGCGCGACGGUUUUUCCUCGGAGAACAGACUUUUCGCUGUUGCCUUGUAAGGUGUUAAAAACAAGAUGCUGUCUUACAUCAUUGGGCUCAUUCGGAGCAGUAUUGACAACAUUAUCAACCUCAUCGUGAGCCUCUUCCUCUCAAAGAAGAAACCUGCCAUCACCCUAGAGGACCCCAACAUCAAAUAUGCAUUAAAGCUGAUAGAUAAAGAGAUCAUCAGUCAUGACACAAGGAAAUUCCGUUUUGCCCUGCGGGAAAAGGAUCAUGUCCUUGGGCUACCCAUUGGGCAACACAUAUACCUGUCUGCCAAACUGGAUGGAGUCCUGGUGGUCAGACCGUACACACCUGUGUCUAGUGAUGACGACUUAGGCUUCGUAGACCUGGUAGUGAAGAUUUACUACAAGAACGUUAAUCCAAAGUUUCCUGAAGGUGGGAAGAUGAGUCAGUACUUGGAGAGCCUCCGGAUUGGCGACACUAUUGAUUUCAGAGGGCCCAGCGGCCUGCUGGUCUACCAAGGAAACGGGGCUUUUGCCAUCAAGGCAGAAAAAAAGGCGGAGCCUGUGAUCAAAACUGCCAAGCAAGUGGGCAUGAUCGCAGGAGGGACUGGAAUCACUCCCAUGCUGCAGCUCAUCACAGCUAUAAUGAAGGAUCCCCAGGACCAGACAGUGUGUCAUCUGCUCUUCGCCAACCAGACUGAGAAAGACAUCUUGCUUCGACCGGAGUUGGAGGAGAUCGCAGCGAAUCACCCAACCCGGUUCAAGCUAUGGUUCACCCUGGACAGGGCUCCUGAGGAGUGGGAGUACAGCCAAGGCUUCAUCAGUGAAGACAUGGUGAGGGACCACCUUCCACCCCCUGGAGACGACACUCUCAUCCUCCUGUGCGGACCGCCUCCCAUGAUCCAGUUUGCCUGUAACCCCAACCUGGACAAAGUGGGCCACGCCAGCAGCCGGAGGUUCACCUUUUAGAAGCCAUCCCAGGCGAGGGGUUAAAGGGGCUCAAUGAUCAGCCACACCCAACAUUUAUUAAAACUCUUGCAUCAGCGCUUGAUCAUCUGUUGAAAUCAUUUCACUUAUCCUACAGCAGAAUUAGUGGACCAUUUUCUGUAAUUUGGUGUGCCUUAAUUUCCAAAACAGAAUCCUGAAAUGAGUGGUGUCUAAAGCAUUUUCUGAUUUCAUUCUGAAUUGAGUAACUGGUAGUUGGAGGAAACAAUUAUUUGAAUGUUCUUCCUGUCAAACUAAUUGUGACUGAUACCUGUGUACUGAACAAAAUAUAAACAACUGAUUUCCUCCUAAACUCUUAAGUUAAAUGAAUUAGGCCCUAGUCUAUGGAUUUCACAUGACAUAGGCCUACUUUUUGGGAGCCAAUCAGAAUGAGUUUUUCUCCACAAAAGGGCUUUGUUAGACAAAUACUCCUGGCUUUUGUGUCCCCAGCACAAGGUGCACUUAGGAGAAAUUCUCACUAACAGGGAAGUAAACACUUUUUUUUUACAGAAUGAAAAUAAGCUUUGUGCAACUGGAACAUUUCUGCUCAUGAAACCACUUUGCAUGUUUUUGUUCAGUAUAAUUUUACUUGAGUGCCUUAGCAAUACUUAUUUGUAUGCACAGCUGAAGACAUGACCAUAAUACUGCUCAGUUGCUUCCACUGCAAACUAUUCCCUGAAGUGUAAUGUAUAACUUUGCACAUUGAUGUACUUAUUCCAUAUUGUUGCAGAAAGUGACUAAAGGGAGGAUAUCUUGAAGCUGUUACUGGAGUCUUUGUGCUUAAAUGUCUUUACAGCACUUGAAAUAUGGUUUCAUUAUGCAACAUGUUAUAUUGAGAUCAAUAAAAUACAAAUGCAAUAA